AUGGGUGGCAUGCCACCCAGCCCCACCCUCGCCGGGUCCUGCAUGGCAGCCAAGGUCCGGGCAUCAGAGCCAGCGUGGCAGAGGGCCCUGGUGUCCCUCCAGCAUGCCUGGAGCUCCCUCAGGUACUCCUCUGAAGGAGGAACGACGUCCAGCAGCAGCUGGUGGUUGAAGAAGAGGUUCCCCCUGAGCAGCAGGAGUGGAGCUCCAGUCUGGACCAGGAGGACCCAGAGCCCCCCCCACACAUUAAAGAGGAACAGGAGGAACUGUGGAGCAGUCAGGAGGGGAGAGCAGCUUCAAGGGCUGGAGGAGGCUGAUAUCAUCAAGUCCACAUUCACUCCUGUCCCUGUGAAGAGUGAAGAUGAUGAAGAGAAACCUCAGUCCUCUCAGCUUCAUCAAAGACAAACUGAACACCUGGAAACAGAAGCUGAUGGAGAUGACUGUGGAGGACCAGAACCAGCCAGGAACUCAGAUCCAGAGAGACAUUUACAACCAGAGACUGAGGACAACCCUGGAGACUCUUCUGAACCUGGGACUGAAGACAGUGCUGAUUGGAAGAAGACCAGAGAACCAGGUUCAAAGUCUCAGAGAAAUAAACAAGACCCUGUCAGUUAUUCAAGACGUAGUGCAGGAGAGAAAACAUUUGGCUGCUCAGUCUGUAAUAAAUAUUUUACACAGAGUGGACAUUUAAAAGAGCACAUGAGAAUCCACACAGGAGAGAAACCAUUUGGCUGCUCAGUCUGCGAGAAAUAUUUUACACAGAGAGGAAGUUUAAAGAAACACAUGAUAAUCCACACUGAAGAGAAACCGUUCAGCUGCUCAGUCUGUGAAAAAUAUUUCCCAACGAGAGCACAUUUCCAUCGACACAUGAGAAUCCACACAGGAGAGAAAACAUUCAGCUGCUCAGUCUGUAAGAAAUAUUUUGCACAGAGAGGACAUUUAGAGGAACACAUGAGAAUCCACACAGGAGAGAAACCAUUCAGCUGCAGUGUUUGUGACAAAAGAUUUACCAGGAGACAUUAUGUCAAAAGCCAUAAGUGUGUUGGUCGUCAGUCCUCACAGCUUCAUCAAACUCAAACUGAGGAGGACAGAGAGGCAGAGCCUCCAGCCAGCAGCUCAGCUGAACACAUGGAAACAGAAGCUGAUGGAGAGGACUGUGGAGGACCAGAACCAGCCAGGAACUCAGAUCCAGAGAGACAUUUACAACCAUAGACUGAGAACAACCCUGGAGGCUCUUCUGAACCUGACAUUUUCCAAGUCAAAUCUGCAACAAAAAAAGGGGACAAUUAAUUAGUCCUACGACAAUUCACAUGAGAAAAAUCUGUCUGGCUGUAUAAACUCUGUUUGACAAUGUUCAAACAUGACUUCAUCUAAACUCCAUCUUUAUCAACAGAAGUUUUGAAUAUGUUUAAUGUUUUUGUCAUACUACUUUUCUGAUGUAUACUAUAACCACUGACUGAUUAAUCUGCAGUAGUUUCUCUAAUAAUCUGUUUGGUUAAUGAAAUGUUGUGACUUUAAACUUCCAUUGGGAUGUUGUUGAUAGUUCCUGUUGAGUUAUCAGUAGGCUUGUUUUGAGACAAGCAAGACCUGCGCAAUUUCGAUCAACGUCUUGCUAGUGCGUUGCAUGAUGGUUAGUCAUUUUGUCCGACUUGCUCUGGAGGCUCGCCUACAUGAGACGUUGAAAUCU